AUGUGGGGGGAAGGGUGCAGGUGGGCGGCUCGCCGAGAAAAGAUCCCGUUCAAGGGCGGCUCCGCCUGGCGCGGGCGCGUGAGGGCCGCGCUGGGGGACGCGCUCGCGCGACUGGGGACCGACGAGGCCGCGGCCGCGGUGCGCGAGCUGCGCCUGGAGGACCGCGCCGCGGCGGCGGCGCGGGCGGCGGAGGACGCGCGCGCGGCCGAGGAGGCGCAGGCGGCCGGGGCCGCCGAGCUGUUCAAGGGCGGCGGCGGCAGCGGCGGCAAGGGGAGAAAGAGCGAGGGCAAGGGCCGCGGGCGCAAGAGGCGGUCGGGCGCCGCGGAAGAUGAGGAGGCACGGGAGGAGGGCGGCAAGCAGGAGGAGGAGCGGGAGGAGGAGGCCGAGGGCGGCCGGCGCCGCAGCCGCGGGGGCGGGGGCAAGCGGUCGAGGAAGGCCGCGGCGGCGCCGGCGAGGCGCCGGGGCGCGCUGGCAGAGACGGAAAGCGGUGACGAAGGCAGCGGCGAGGCGGUCGCUGGCGGAAUUGAGAGGGUGGCAGGAACUGCGGAGGGCGGAGCAGAGGGGUCGGACGGGGAUAUGCAGGCCGUGGCGACGACCAGCGGCAGGAGCAGCGGCAGCGGCGGCGGCGGGGCCGCGCCGUCCGCCAGCGAGUCCGAGCCGCUGGCGGCGGCCGGGCCUCGCAGCGCCGGCGCCGGCGCUCGCGUCGGCGGCGUGAGGGCGUCGUCAGAUGACGACAGCGGCGACGAUGAGAUCAGCAGAGGGGGUGGGCCUCUGAGCGGCGCGGGGCCGCCGCCGCCUGACUCGGAAGCGCUGCUGGCAGUACCGCCCGACUCAGAGCCGUUGUUUGUGCUAGAGGGCCGCGGCGGCAGCGGCGGCGGCGGCGGCGGCGCGCCCCGCGCGCAGGCUCCCAGCCGGCUAGGGCCUGGCGGGGUUGCGGGGCCCGGCAAGGGGCGCGCCAAGCGGCUGCGGCUGCACACGGCGCCAGCGGCGGCGAGCGGGGGCGCAGCGGACGGGGAUGACGACCUUGCGGAUUUCUGA